GCCAGCUUACUUUUUUUUGUGGGGGGGCUGGUGAUGUUAUUUUAGAAGAAAACCAAGUGAUAUCUUAAGGCAAAAGAUCUUUCAUUGUUUCAUUCGAAAAAAAGUUUUGUAGGUCAUUUUUUAAAUUGAAUUUUAUACGGGCCUUUUAAGUAAGACAUGCUGACGUUAAGAAUAGUGUUUUUCUUCUGUUUGGUGCUCACGGUAUCAGGUCAAGGUUUUGAUCUCAGUGAUGCAUUUGAUGAACCACCUAAAACGACACCUAAACCUCCAGUUAAAAUUCCAGAUGCACCUCCAAAAAAUCCAUCGAGUGAUUUUGACCUGGAAGAUGCUUUUGGAGGAGGAAUUGACCCCAAGCCAACUGUAAAACCUCCAGUAAAGAAUCCUGGAAGUUCAGGUGGAAACUUCGGGGAUUCAGACUUAAAUGAUGUUGUGGGAGAGGAUGGAUAUCAACCAGAUAAGGGAAAAGGAGGUCCGCGUGUUGGUCCUGCACAGGAUGAUGAGCAGCAGUAUGAGGAAGGAGGAGCUCAAGAAGGUGGCAAGGUGGCUGGGAUAGUGGGUGCAGUGGCAAUGGCUGUAGUGGGAGCAGCCUCUAGCUACUUCGCUUACCAGAAGAAGAAGCUCUGCUUCAAACAAGGUGGUGAUGUUGAAAGUGCUAAUAAAGGCCAGAGAGGAACUAAUUCAGCUCUCCAGGUCUUCAGCAGCCUGCUUCAGCACAAUACAGCUUAAUUCCCAGGAGUAACUUGGAGAAGAAUGACAACUUUUCUGCUUGCACACCAACCUAAAAGAUGGGUAAAAAAGAAAAACAACUGUGUACAUCAUCUGGAACAAUGUUUCUAUUUUUCAGCAUUUAAAAUUUUAUAAUUGCCUACAUUGUCGGUCUUAGUUGGAUGCUCUGACUUAGUAUGUUUUUUUUUUUGUAAUCAUACUGAAAUGUCUGUUCUGUACUGAUGUUACUGUAUGUCCUAUGUCUCAUGCUAACUGAAUGAUCACACAUGUAACUUGUGCCACUACUAUUCCAAACAAAAUAAUGUUAAUGAAAGCUUGUUCUUGAUUCACAAAUUAUUAUUUUACCUGCAAUGUUUGUGUGUCUUGAAAUGUAGUAUCUAGGAUAUGUUAUUGCUGUUCCUCUCAUUGUCUACAUCAGUAUUGUUCUGGGUAGGAAUAUGGAGUUCCGAAGAUGGGACUGUGCUCUAAGAUACUGAAUACAGAGCACAUUUUCACAUCUUAACUUUUUAUUUAAUUCAUUUUUUCUUUUUUAAAUUUGGUCAUUGGUUACAAUUUAUAACCAUUACAGUGUUUGCUUGCAGAACAGCCCUUCAGCUGUUUGUGGCAUCUUCCUUAUUUGCCCCAAGUGUCUAGAGCUGCCUACUUUACACUUCUAAGCCUGCCAUCAUGUUGUACCCUUCUACUACAUUUAUCAAUCUGUUGAACUCCCUCUAGUCGUCUUCCUUUUGGUCAGCACAAGACAUUGUUUCACACUGAUUUAUACAUUUGCACAUUUAUUAAGAAAUUAAUCUGUUUACUCCUCACAGAAAAGUGUAGAAUAGUAUUUAAUACUAAUGUCCUUUACGCCAUCUGAUAUUGGAACUGCAGGUACAAUUCCUGCCAAGGAACCGAUAAAUUUAAAGCUAACUUCACUCCCAAUGCCUCAUCCAAGUUUUAGUAAGAUUUUCUAAAGACUUUGAUUUGGAGUUUUUGCACAUAUUGAGGGUGGUGUAAAUAGAUGUCAUCUCACUGAGCAGUGACUGUUCAGACUGACACUAACUUAUGCUGACAUUGCUUCACUUUAUGCAAUACAAUUCAGGAACAGAAUACAUUUUAUUUGUAUAGCACCUUUGCCAUGCUCAAGGUGCAUAGUUUUCUGACAUUUUUCAAUAAAGUAAAACUCCAAAAUAAUUACAGUAAUGACAGUGUUGGAUGUCCUUUGAUAUUUAUAAUGUCAACCCAAAACUUAAAUCUAUUUGGACAGCAGAAGGAAACUUUAGUAGUGUAUAUCAUUUCUCUCUGCUUUACUCUGACUGACCUGCAUGACCAUAAGAAAGCAACAUUUUUUUUUGUUCGUUUGUUUUUUUUUAAUAGGAGAGAGGAAAAUAAUACCAGAGUAAAAUUGUGUUUGUGCUGCGAUAACGGAAACUUUUUUUUUUUAUUUAUGUUGACUUUUAAACUUAGCCCUCAUACAGAGUAUUUAAGAAAUAUACUAAAAUAUUGAAUGUUCUGUAGUGAGUGUAACUGUUUUCCUUCGUUUUUAAAUUGGGCUGAAGUAUAUAGAAUUUGUCUGUAUAUCUUUAAUUGCACACUAUAAUGCAGUUGGCUGUACCAGUUAUGUUGUAUUAAUUAUUCAGAGCAUUUUCUUUUCCAUUUGUAAAACCCUGAAGUUGUUAGGGAGAAUCUUCAGGUCCAGUACUACAAGUUUUUUCUACUUUACCGUCUUCAGGAAUUCAGUAUAUCUUUCAGUUUAAGUUUCUCCUUUAAUUUUUUUUUGUUUGCUUUUCUUUAUGGGGGAACAGAAACUGAAUUUAAUUGCAUCUCCAUUUAUUAGUUUUAUGUUGUUUUAAUAGUUAUGAAAUAAUUUGGAUGCAGUGCAUUUCUAAGCGUAAAUAGUAUUAUGUAAUUGAUUAUUGUAAUACAAAGAAAUGUCACUAUUUCUAAGUAAAAUCAAGGCAGUUUCUAUUCAGUAAUUUUUAUCUGUGUUUUACUACUUUACAUCUUUUAUAUUUUUGCGAUGAUUAGGUUUAUUUGAGGCCAUUUCAUCAACUGUAAAUAUUGAUGACUUUUGGUUUAUCCGCAAGAUCUGUUACAUUUUUUUUUUUCUUUUCCCUCCUUAAACCCCUUUCUGAACGUGAUUUUACUAAGAUGUUUUGCACAUGAAUCCCCUACUUGGAGCUAAUCUCUUGUAAAUUAAAAAAUAAACCAAUUUAACUAUUUUGA